ACAUCUGCUGCAAAGUGGACAAGGUUACGCAUGCGUCAGAGAAGACAGGUCACUUUGUGCAUUUAUCAUACACACCUGUACAUAUCUUACACAGAAUAAAUACACGUAAUGGAACUUACACAAAAGCGUCUGGAGAAGAUCUGGGUGCCGUGGAUGAGCAGCAGACUGAGACAGAGAAGAGGCUCAUCAGUCCCGCAGUUCACCAACUCUCCCACCAUGAUAGUGAUGGUCGGUCUGCCAGCCCGUGGAAAGACCUACAUCUCCAAGAAACUCACGCGCUACCUCAACUGGAUCGGCGUUCCCACCAAGGUGUUUAACGUUGGACAGUACCGAAGGGACGCCGUACACACCUAUAAGAGUUACGAAUUCUUCCUCCCAGACAACGAAGAGGCCAUGAAGAUUCGCAAAGCGUGUGCUCUGGCGGCGUUGAAAGACGUUUGUUGUUACUUCACUCAGGAUCAUGGACAAGUUGCAGUGUUCGACGCGACCAACACAACAAGAGAACGUAGAGAGGUGAUUCUCACCUUCGCUAAAGAGAACGGCUAUAAAGUCUUUUUUAUUGAGUCUCUUUGUGAUGACCCAGAAAUCAUUGCAGCAAACAUCAAGCAAGUGAAGCUGAGCAGUCCUGAUUACGCUGACUGUGAUGAAGACGAGGCUGUGACGGACUUCCUCAAGAGAAUAGACUGCUACAAACUCGCAUAUGUUCCUUUAGAUGAUGACAAAGACAGGAACCUGUCAUACAUUAAGAUCUUUAACGUGGGCAGCAGGUACCUGGCGAAUCAGGUUCAGGACCAUAUUCAGAGCAGGAUCGUCUACUACCUGAUGAACAUCCACGUCACCCCUCGCACCAUCUACCUCUGUCGACACGGAGAGAGUGAACUCAACGUCUCGGGCCGCAUCGGAGGGGACUCCGGUCUCUCUGCACAAGGAAAGAAGUUUGCUGCUGCUCUCGGGACAUACAUCAGGGGUCAGUCCAUCCUGGACCUGAAGAUCUGGACCAGUCACAUGAGGAGAACCAUCCAGACUGCGGAGGCCAUCGGAGUGCCCUAUGAGCAAUGGAAAGCACUGAACGAGAUUGAUGCUGGUGUGUGUGAGGAGAUGAUGUACGAAGAGAUUCAAGAACACUUUCCUGAGGAGUUUGCACUCAGAGACCAAGACAAAUACCGGUACCGCUAUCCAAAGGGGGAGUCCUAUGAGGAUCUGGUUCAGCGUUUAGAGCCUGUAAUCAUGGAGCUUGAGCGCCAGGAGAACGUUUUGGUCAUAUGUCAUCAGGCCGUCAUGCGCUGUCUGCUGGCAUACUUCCUGGACAAAAGUGCAGAUGAGCUGCCGUAUCUGAGGUGUCCUCUGCACACGGUGCUGAAACUCACUCCUGUUGCCUAUGGCUGUGAUGUUGAGUCCAUUUUCCUGAAGGUUGAAGCAGUGAACACACACAGAGACAGGCCUGUGAAUGUGGAUGUGGACAGAGAUCCAGAGGAUGCUUUACUGACCGUACCGGAACACAACUAGACAACAUCACAACUUCUCCUUUCUGUCAUCCGUCUGACCUUGGAUGUUGUAGUAAUUGUAGUAAUUGUGGAGGGAAAAGUGUUAUUCAGCACUGUAGACAAUGUCACAAAGAUCUUAAUUCAGGUAUGAUACUAAAUUACCCAUGUGUUAAAUAGUUUGAUGAACAUUAGUUAAAUGGUUAGUCCCAAAAAUGAAAAUUAUCCCAUUAUUUACUCACCCUAAUCAUAUAUUACAUUCUUCUUUUUAAGCCAAACACAGUUAUAUUAAAAAAAAAUCUCAGCUCUUCAAAGCUUUUAAUGACGUAUAGAAGUCUAAAAUUAGAUUUUUUAAAGAGAAAUGUUGCUUUAAAGAGAGGAUUGUGAGUUUGUUGCCCAGCCCUGUUUGUUUGAUCCGCAAGAGGCGACUACUCUCACUACUCCUACAGCCUAGGUCAGGCGUCGGGUCAGAGGUCACUCUUACAAACUAGACUAGACUUGUGUGCGGCCAUUACCGCGAAAUGAAUUUUUUUUUUCCCCCUAAAUGUGAUGUUAUCCUUUGUUAACAGUUUGGGGGCAUAAGUAAAUACAUUUGCAUGUAAACUGAAGGAUGAGGAAAUUAGUUUUUGAAUCAAAACCAUAUUAAUUGUGGCUCUACAUGGUCUCUGAUUAAAAGGAGAAAAUUAAAAAGACAAUUAGGACAAACUGGCAUAUGCUAUACACAAAGCAAUAUGAUUUGAUAUUAUGCUGAUUCAAUGUUAAAUAAGUGAUUUAAUUUAAGUUGAACAAAUAUUGAUUUUUAUGUCCAUCUUGAUAUACUUUUCAUGAAAUGUGAACACCAGUCGUGUUCACACUAAAAGCACCAGACACAUCGGAUGAUACCCUUGUGAGUACCUUUGGAUGGCUUUUACAUUGUAUUGUGUUUUAUAAAGUAAAAAAAAA